AGAGCCUCUGUCGGCCUUGGCCGCCAGGGGCCGCUGCAGUGCGCGGGGCGGAGCGGCGGCCCUGAGGAGCGCCAAGAUGGCGGCUGCGCGGUGGCUCGGCGCGGCUGCGGGGCUGGGCGGCCGGAUUUGUCACAUGAUGUUAAAAGGUCAUAACCUGACAACUCAACAGCCCUUCCACCAACUUGCAUGGAGGAAGCAGCUUCUUCCAUCUGUAGUCUUGCAUAAUACAGUAAGAUGCAUGUUUAUUCAAACUCAGGACACACCAAACCCAAACAGCCUGAAGUUUAUUCCAGGCAAAGAAGUGCUGGAGUCCAGGACUAUGGAGUUUUCCAGCCCAGCUGCAGCAUUUUGCUCACCUCUAGCAAGGCAGUUAUUCAGAAUUGAAGGAGUUAAAAGCAUUUUCUUUGGGCCAGACUUCAUCACCAUCACUAAGGAGAGUGAAGACCUGGAUUGGAACUUGCUGAAACCAGAUAUUUAUGCAACUAUAAUGGAUUUCUUUGCCUCGGGUUUACCUGUACUUACUGAAGAGGCACCUAGCACAGAUACAGCUCAGUCAGAAGAAGAUGAUGAAGUUGUAUUAAUGAUUAAAGAACUGCUGGAUACAAGAAUAAGGCCAACAGUGCAAGAAGACGGUGGUGAUGUUAUUUACAAAGGCUUUGAGGAUGGCAUUGUGCAGCUGAAGUUGCAGGGUUCAUGCACCAGCUGUCCCAGUUCCAUCAUCACCCUGAAGAACGGGAUACAGAACAUGCUCCAGUUCUACAUCCCUGAAGUGGAAGGUGUGGAACAGGUUGUUGAUGAUGAUGAUGAUGUGGAGAAGGAAGCAAAUUCUACGUGAGCUUACAUCAUCCAUGGCCAAAUCAGUAUUUAUUUCUUGUAUGUAAAUCAUUCUCGUUCUGUGGAACAACCAAAUCUGCCUUUCUCAUCAGAAAAAGUCUGACACUUUCCACCUGUGAAACCUCCUCCUCCGUGUCAGCAGCGUAUUCACUAAUUUAUUAAAUGCUCUCUAUUCAAAAAAAGAAUCUUUUUGUUGUUUGCAUCUCCUUUAUACUGUGUCUUAUGGAAUUUAUGGGCUUCUAAAAACAGUGGGGUGUCUCUGCAAUGUUCUUUCAUGCAAAAAAAAAAUUAAGGAAAAGAAAAAAGGGGGGGAGGGGAGAGAAAUAGAGAGAAAUACAAAGUUUCUUAACUUUUUUUGCAAUAGAAAAAUUAUUUUUUAAUAAUUUUUAUCAAGUCUCCUUGUGAAAGUUGAAGGACUGUGCCAUGGCUCUCAAAAUGGGAGAUUCAGGAAUGUUAAUUUGAUCAAGUUUGGUCUAAAAAGCUUUGGAUUUUUGCCAGAUUUGUGUGAAAAGUAACCCAUAAUUUCAGCUCUUUGUUUUAGAAGGUGUAAUAACGUUGCCAUCAGUUAUGAAAGUUACCUACGUGCUCAGUGCCACCACAGAAAUAACAGCAACAGAAACAAAAAAGGAAGUGAGUUGUCUGCUUUAAAAACCAUGUAUUUUUAAAUAAAUAUUAAAAGAUGAUCCUUAUCAGCUUUAGUAAGUAGACAGACUAAUUAGCUUAUUUAGAAUAAAAUUGCUCACCUACCAUUAGUAGUCUGUUUAAACCUGCCCAAGAUGAUUUCUCAAUACAACAGUCCAAGAUGAACGCACAGUGCUUAGGGGCACAAAUUGCAUUUGUAGGAUAGGAAAAAGCAAAUGAAUGUGUUUACCUAUGGCAUAUCCUGUUUGCUCCUCCUGCUGUGCCAAAGAGUGCAGUGUGUGUGUACCUUGGCAGAGCGAGGGGAAGACGUGGCAGAGCAGAACGUGUGCCCAUUUUAGAGACUAAGGGAAGAGAAACAUUUAUUGUUCCGAAGCUGAAAUACGUAAAGCAGGCUUUGCAAGUACUUGUGUUUAUUUCUUGUGCACGUAGAACUUAAUUCCUUCCUGUUGUCUGGCUUUAGCAGAUGGCUUGGCUAAUGGAGACAGUAUUUCUUCUUCAUGCUACCAUGGUUUGUGGUCAUUAUUUGGCUUAUUGUAAUAGUAGUAGUAGUCCCUAUGUAAGGGGCUGACAGCCUCUGUAUGCUUCUUCCUCCCCUCUUUGCUAGUGUAAUUCCACUGAGUCGUUAUGUGGGAUCUAUUAAGUCUGUGGAGAAUCCCUUAUAGCACGCACAUCAGCAUGUGGCAGCCAUCAACUUCAUCUCACUCUUUGGAAAUUAGAAAACAAACAUUUGAGCAGAAUGUUCCUGUAGCUUUCACAUGGUGUAAUAACCCACUGUCAUUUAAAUUACCCACUCAGGAUUUGGAAGUUGAUUUUAAAUCACUGUGUUUUCUUUCUCCCUGUUACAAAGCACACAGUGAUGUGUAAUGUUUCUCAUUUCUCAAAACCAUUUUAGGCCUAAUCUGUCAAUUCAAUGCACUCCAUACACCAAAACUCAUGUAGAUAAUUGUUUCAUAUGUUAAAUAAAAUGUAGCUCUUCA